AUGUCAAAAGACUCAAACAUUUUUCUGUCGUUUUCCAUAUACACUGUACAAGAUUUUAGCCUCAAUUGAGAAUAUAAAUAGUUGAACGUUAAAUUUCACCUCGACUAUUGCUCAAAUCUUGCAAAAAUGUCGAAAAUUGAGUAUGAUUUAAGUGUUUCGGGCAGCAUAAUGCAGAAAAUACAAGAAAUCACCAAACCGGACGAAGAGGAAACGGUGAAAAUAAUACCAAAACCGGUACCAAAACAUCCGUACUACAAGCGUCCCGGUCGAGGACACAAUCAUGAUAAUUGCGAUGCAUGUCAGGAAGGUGGUGAUCUACUCUGCUGCGAUCGAUGCCCAUCAAGUUUUCACCUAAACUGCCAUGAUCCCCCUUUAAGCGAGGAGGACAUCCCAAAUGGACAGUGGCUAUGCCACAAUUGCCGUAUGACAUUGAAACCAAGCAGCUCAUCGAAAUCUGGUUCGGUUGAACGAUCAACGAGUAAGACCUUAGAAUCGGACCACUCGCGUCCAAACACACCAGCCAGUGAAAUUGAUUCCACAUUGCCAAUUAAAAUACGUAAUUUGCGGAAACGUAGUAGUAGUCAUAUUUCGAAUUCGAGUGAAAGUGGGGCUGCUGUAAGUGCAGAGAAAAAUGCAACUACAAAUGCUAAUAAAUUGACGCCUGGUGUUGCGAAGGCGCUCGAUCCGAAUAAGAAAGUUACUCCAUUGGAAGAAUUGAUCAAAGCUGCCAGCAUUAUGAAUCCGAAACAGUUUGAAUUGCCGCGCGAUUUGGAGUUGAAUCAUCAGUUUCCUGGAUCAGAUAAAGUGGAACCAUGCGGAAAAAACGGAUCAAAGCGUGUUCAUCGCAACAAUACAAAGUCGAAACCACACGAAUUAGAUGCUCAGGGAUUGGUGCCGCUUCCGGCGAAAACAUGCUUCUACUGUCGAAAAUCAUGUAAGAAGGCGCCUUUGAUUGCAUGUGACUACUGCCCACUAUACUUUCAUCAGGAUUGUCUAGAUCCACCAUUGACUGCAUUACCUACAGGUCUUUGGAUGUGCCCACACCACCCGGAACUAUUUAUUGAUUGGAAACUAGUAAAUAGCAUAUCAGCGACUGAACGUGUGAAAUUGUGGAAUCGUUUUGCCGGCCCCGUCGAUCACGAAGUUGUGAAAUCUGAAUUUUUUCGGCGAGUACAUACGAAAAAUCCACCAUUUCGCUAUAAAGUUCAGCCGAAACCUCGUGAUCGGGCGGAAAUUCCUCCCAUGAUUGAGUAUCACUAUCAAAAUCCUCCAGAACUAAUUCCUUCCCUGCGUGAUAUCAUCCGAUACGAGUCGAUUACACGAAACGGUUUCGUGGAAAAGCUUCAAAUGGAUCGAAUGGAUCUGACCCGAUUGAUCAAUGAAGACCUGAACGCCAUAAAAGUCGCCCAACAAAAAGUCAAAGAAUUUCGAAAAGAAGUGGGCGAUGCAGACAUCACGGAAUCAAGUGAGGACGAACCUUCCGAGAAAGAGGAAGAACCAAAAGUCAAAGCUAAACCGAAAACUGGUCGGCGGCGUGGUGCGAAACAAAACGACGAAUCGAAAGUAGCCAUAAAAUCUGAGGAUGACGAGAAGAUGGAUACAGGGGGGCAAGAAGAACAUUCAAGGCAGCUGACUGCCGAAGAAAUCGAAACAAAAAACAAUAUCAAGUCGGAAACAGACGAUGAAGAAAUGCUUGAUAUUAAAAUCGAUACAGAACUGCGAAAUUUGGAUGUGGAUCUUAUAAAAAUUUUGGCAUUUCAGCGUCUUCAACAGAUAAUUGUUGAUAACCCAGAUAUCGUCGGGAAAUAUCGGAAUCGAACCGCGGCGCGUACAAUACGAGAUAUUUGCAAAGCAGAUCCAAGCAAGAACAUGCCCUUACCCAGUCAAUUAUUAACGCAAGAAGACAUCGAAAGGAUAGCAAGGACGUUUGCUGAUGAUGGAGAUCACGAUUCUGAUGAAGUCGAUGAAUACGAUCGCUAUCAACCUACAAUUCGUACGGACGAGGAUAAAGCAAGGGAAAUCGCUUUGAGAUUAGAACCAAAGAUAUUAAAGUCACAGAUAAGAGCGAGGGCGGUUAUGACGCCAGUUGGAGACAUUAUAGAGGGGAACAAAUGGUUUACAUCAUACACUAUGGAAGGAUCAGUUUAUAUGCGAUAUCGGAGCCUUCUGAUUGGAUCUGGCCCGGGAUCAGACGUUCAAUUAACCUUAGCCGGACACUGCAGUCAAAUUUCGCCAAGGCAUGCCAUAAUUUUUUACGACGAGAUUACAAAAAGUUUUGAACUUAUCAAUUAUUCGGAAUAUGGAACCGAAGUGAAUGGUCAAAUAUAUUCCUGCGAUUUCACCGAACACCCUCCAACACCUGCCAAACAGAUUAAAGAUGAUCCGAAAGAGCUUUACACAAAAGUUCAACAAAUUUUGGAUAAGCGGCGAGGUAUCAAGCGGGCGAUGUGUGUUUUGGACGAAAAUUCAAGAAUGGCUGCACCUGAACUUCCUCCGUGCCGUUGUCCUUCACGACCCGCUCUAAUUGCCGGCUGGGAAGGAUCCGCGAUUCUAACCCAUGGAUCUUUGAUUCGUUUUGGAUGCAUACCCUUUGUGUUUUCAAUAGCUGAAUUCGACAGACUUUCAGAGGAGGAAUAGCGGAGCCUUGCAUUG